AUGAAGAAGCUUUUCACAUUACGGAGAAGGAAGGAUGAGCCCCACACCCAGCCAGGCUACAACCUUAGAGAUAAGGAUUUAAAGAAACUUCACAAAGCUGCCUCGGUCGGGGAUUUAGAGAAGGUGAAGGAGUAUCUUCAGCUCAAGAAACAUGAUGUAAACAUGCGGGACAGAGAACACAGAACAGCUUUGCACCUGGCCUGUGCUAAUGGAUAUUCAAAUAUUGUAUCUCUCUUAAUUGAGAAACAGUGCAAAGUAAAUGUCUGGGAUGGUGAAAACAGAUCUCCAUUGACUAAGGCAGUACAGUGUGACAAGGAGAGUUGUGCUACUAUUCUUCUAGAACAUGGUGCAGACCCAAACCUGGUGGAUUUAUAUGGCAAUACUGCUCUUCAUUAUGCUGCUUGUCAUCAAAGUGACUCACUAGUUGCAAAAUUACUUGAACACAAAGCUAAUCUUGAAGCUCAAAAUAAGGAUGGGUAUACUCCACUUUUACUUGCCAUUACUGAAAAUAAUGCAGAAAUGGUAGAAUUUCUUCUGAAGAGUGGGGCAGAUGUGAAUGCUUCAGAUAAGAAUCAAAGAACAGCCCUUAUGAUUGCUCUCAGUGAUGAACCAACAAGUUUAGUCAGUCUUCUUCUUCAGCAAGAGGUGAACCUAUCUUGUCAAGAUAUUAUGGAUUCACAGCUGAGGAAUAUGCUUCUUUCAAUGGUUUUACUAUGUAAGUGA